UAAAGGACCCCCGCCGCACCCAGGCACCCCUCCGUUGCCGGCUGUCACUUCCAAGUCCCCAGGGCCGGGGGCGGCUUCUCCUGGGCAGCCGCGGUGAGCCCUGUUGCUGGUUCCAUCGGAACGGACUCUGAGCAGCGGUAACUGCUCUCGGCCAUCGUGCAGGCGAUGCUUCCUUCUGCGGCGGCUGCAGGGGGCUCUGUGGUUUGGGGGGAGUGGAAUCCAUUUCCUCUCAAUGCCACGAGCGUCCUUCCUAGCAUACGUCCUCACUUUGGUGUUUGUCCUUCCCUCUGUGGUGAGCCCUCGAAGCCAUGGCUACCGACCAGGGGGACGGUGGGGCGGUUCUGUCUGUGGGGCAAUGGGCAGAGGCAGGGGAGCAGUGUGAGAGCCGCCCAGCCCUGCUGGCAAGCUCAGCAGGGCUCAGCUGGUGCUGCCGGCCUGGGCGCGGCCUCCGCGGGGAGUGGGCCGCUCAGAUGGCGGUGACCCGUGAAAGUGGCCUGGAGGGGUCAGGGGUCCCGUUCCCCCGUGCACCUGUCACACUUUUCAUGGCGUCGAAGGAACCCCCUCCCCCCAAGCGCUUCUGGGAGCACCUGGCCCUGGACAGUCACUGCCGUUUCCUGGUGCAGACUGGGUGGCGGCCACUGGCGCUGGAGGACCGUGGCCUCGUCGACCGCAGCAAGUGGCUUGGCUCUGGGCGAAGCGGGGCCGCCUGUCCGUGCACGCUGCCUCGUGCUCACGGGUGUGAGCUCGAGACGCCCCGCCACCUCCAUCCCCGCCUGCUGGGAGCCAGCGAGGCUGUGAGGGGCACGUCCCGGAGCCCUGACCUGGAACCUGACCGUCCGCUCCCAAGAGGAGAGGGAAGGACUGACAAGCGACGUGUGUUUAAGUUUUUUAAACUUCCGCGAACAUUGUGUAUCUGAAUUAAAGGGAAAUGACACCACGCGCUGCUGUACGAGGCGUGCUUGCUUGUGGAGAGCCUCUCCGGGGAGGCGGGGUGGCCGCCACACUGGCCCGCGCCCGGAGGGUGGGGGGGGCUGGGCACGUCCCAGGAGGUCCCCGCAGACGUGAGCUGCUGGGGUGAAGGGUUCCGGGGACUUGGAGGGUGGUGAGGGCUGCCCAGGGCUGGAGUGCUCACAGGGGGCCGUGCCUCGGCCUCGGGGCUCCCCCACGCCCCGCGGGCUCCUGGGCUCCUGGCGCACCCGUUUGAGUGUGUGAGUUGUUCUGGCUUCAAGGACUCGCUGCCCCCCAAAGGCUUGCCUAGUCAGCAGAAUGGGGCACCGUCCUCCUUAGCCCUGGUUCGGCCCCUCCUUGGGAGCCGUGGCGAGUCGGUGCCUGGUAAUGUUGGGGUGCAGCUGCUUUACCCGGCAGCCUGCACAGACAGCACCCCUAGUGCCAUGGGUUCCCGUCCGUUGGGGGGAGUGGCCCGCCCGGUCCCUCAGCAGGGCGGCCUCGGAGCCCACGCCGUGGCCGGUGCCAGAUAAGUGCGCUCGCACAGCUUGGCCCCUGCCCCUGGGCUGCAGCCCUGUGACCAGGCACAUGGGCUUCCGGCUUCCGGGGCUGUGCAGCAGCUCUGUGCACGGGCCCUCGGGUGCCACAGGACCCCCUGUCCCUGCACAGGAGUGGGCCUUCGUCCUCACGUCAGGUGUUCUAGACAUUUGAUGGGGGUGACUUCAUCUCCCCAAAUUUGUCUCCUCUGUGAUGCAAUUCCAGGGCCUCUGAUGGUACCUCGGAGCGACCAAGGCUGUGUCCCCCUUCCUGGUCCCGGCACGGACAGCCAGACCCUGCCUGGCGCGCCUGAGCACACGUGGUCUCCCUGUUACUUCCAGAAAGAAAAGGGCCCAGAGCCCCUGCUGCUCAUGUCCCCCGCUCGCUCUCUGCCGCUACGGCAGAGGGACCCUCAGGAGAGGGUGAGACCCUGCUUUCCUUGAGAAGAAGCCCCUGAGGCCCUGCUAGGUGUGGAGUGGAGGGCUGUGCCUUGCCCCCCAGGCAGCUUGGUGGUAGUCGGAGCGCUUCUGGAUGAAGCGUUCUGCCGGUGCCCAUGGGCCCAGAGGUGGGCCUGCUUGGUGGUGUCGCCCAAGACUCUGGGCAGCCAUGAGCAUCUCCUGUGGUUCCCCCUGGUCUGGGGGAGCCUUACCGGCCCAGCCCCUCCACCUGGUUGGAUGGCACUUCCCCACCGGCCUCCCAAGCAGGAAACCGAAGGCCACUCGUGGCCAUGUGCCCUAGGGGCCCCGAGGUCCUCAGGCCUUCACCCCCCACGGGCCUGAGGGUCUCUUGGGGCAUGGGCGGGGCCGUCGGGGUUGGGGUCUGCCCACCGAGGCGGAGGCCGAAAGUCACAGUCUGAGCUCCCCGCGGAUGUAGGGAAAGGGGUGGUGGUGCCAGCACAGUGAGCUGGGCCCUACAGCACCCACGACCCCUGCAGCGCUGGGCCGCUUCCAGCCUCCUUCCACUGUGAGCCAGUCCAAGCUGGGAUGAUCGCCACCCCCUUCCACGGGAAUAGCCCUCCCUGUGACCCCGCCACACGCCAUGUGCUUCCCCGCCUUCGCCCAGACUGGAGCAUUUCCACUGCUAAACUUUCCCACCCACCCACUGUGAUAGGCUCUGCUCACUGGCGUCUGCCCCUGGAAGGUGCCAGAGAGAGACUCCUCGAUGGGAUCCCCGCUUCCCACCUGGGGCUCCAGGUCGGCUGGGUAGGGCCAGCACACCUAAGUAUCUCAGACCGGUGUUGGUUUCCGGGGAGACAGGUCUACAGGGUGUGGCCGCACGGGUGUCCCCCGGCCUCCUGCUGGGGCUUAACUACCCCUUCUCCCUGCAGGUACUGCUGGAUACCCAGCCCCCGGCCCUCUGCCUCCCCAUCCCACAGAGAUUGAGGGUCCCCGCAGGCCAUGCAGCUGUGCCAAGGUAUGGAGCCCCUCCCCAGCAAGGACAGACAGGGCCCUCCCACCUAGCUCGUGCUUGUCCUCGGAGGCCCGACCUCAGGGCUCCGCUUCCGGAAGCUCUGGGGGUUUCCCGUGCCCACUGACACCUGAGAAGACAUUUGGAGUCCAGCCUUUCACCCUGACUCCCCUGGACAUGCUGGCUGGAGGGGAGGCGAGAGCUGUAGACACCUCCUCUGGGGCCAGGGCCCUGAGCACAGAGUGAUGUCCACAGGCCGGCAGCUGCCCCCUGCAGGCAGGGGCCUCGGCUAGCCUGAGGGUCCCCAGCCCGGGGGCCCUGGGGCAGCAGCUCUUCCUGAGGAGUGUUUACCAUCACCCGCCAGCCUCUGCCCUCUCCAGAAGCUGCAAGGCCACGCACGUGGUAGGGAGCAUUCUCCAGGCACACGGCGGUUUGCAUUGGCUACGUCCCGUGUGCCCUGCUGAGGACCAUAGGCACAGGAGGGGUGGCAGGUGUCCUUUACCUCUCCCUUGGGCCUCCCCCCACGUGCUGGGCCAGGGCCAGGGGCAGCCCCUGGAGCUGUGGUUGCAGAAAGGCCCUCCGCUGGGGCUGAGAGCUGGCACUAGGGCCCUGGGGUCAGGUCCUUUGCCUGAGGACUGCGGGCUUUCUGGGAGACCUUUCAGUCACUCAUUCACGCUGCAAACAUCCCGAGCACAUCGUGCCAGGCACCCAGGCCCAGAGGAGUACAGCAGCCCUGAGCCUUCCUGGGGGGUGCUGCGUGGGCCCGGAGAGGAAGGGGCUCCUACGGGGAGCUGAUGGGGUCCAGGUCUUGAACCAAGAACCCACUGAAGGGACAAGGGGCCCUUCCGAGUGCCCACACAUGUCCCUGCUGCCCUUCCACCUGAGGGCCUGGGCGGAGAUUCAGGGACACCUCCCCACCCCCACCUCCGCGCUCCAGGCUCAGCUGUCCCAGUCUGGGGUGGCUUGGAGUGAGACUUUUCUCUCCGUGGUCAGGUCAGAGGAGGACCCUCUGUUAGCCAUGGUGAUUUUCAGCCUGAACUUCGUGAGUCCCUCCCCCCCCCCCCCCCCCCAGGUUUAGGCCACCGCCAGGGACCCACAAAGGCCAGGCAGGCUCACUGAUGGCCCGUGGAUGCCAUGGCCUGGCUGGGCAUCGGGGCCUAGCAGGCAGGCAGGCGGGACUGGGGCCUGUCCAGCAGGUGUGAUGGGCUCUUACUGAUAAACCAUGUGAGUUUUGUCUUUUAAUUUUGAAUGUUGAUGCCUUUAGUGAUGCGUUCUGUCCGUAGGCCUCACGGCUCCCACGGCCAUGGUGUCCUGCCCUGGCUGACCCUCCUGCUGCUGACCUCUGCUGGCCAGCCCCAGGGGGCACUGCAGCCCAUCCCCAGCCUGGCUCUCAAGCCCUCCUUUCUGACCACCCCCGCCAGGGACAGUCACGCUGUCUGUCACUGCCCCGUCCCCUGUGCUCUGGCCUCGCCAACCUUGCUGCCACUGUGGGGCUGCUUCUUGCGGGCAACGCCCCCUGCCUUCCUGGGGAUCCAGGCCGGUUCCCCUCGUCUGGGUGCAGAGUUCACCGUUGUCCUGCGGUACCUUCCCAGCCCUGCUGGCGACCCGCGGCCCUGGCCCUUGAGACCUUGAGAUGGACGAGCCUCCGUCAAGCCCUGGAAAAGACCCGCUGAGAGAGGGUGCCUCCAGCAUGGCGGCAGCCGAGGUGCCCGGCUACCUCGUGUCCCCGCAGACGGAGAAGCACCGGCGAGCCCGCAACUGGACGGAUGCCGAGAUGCGCGGCCUCAUGCUCGUCUGGGAGGAGUUCUUCGACGAGCUGAAGCAGACCAAGCGCAACGCCAAGGUGUACGAGAAGAUGGCCAGCAAGCUGCUGGAGAUGACGGGGGAGCGCCGGCUGGGCGAGGAGAUCAAGAUCAAGAUCACCAACAUGACCUUCCAGUACAGGAAAUUAAAAUGCAUGACAGAUAGCGAGUCCGUCCCGCCCGACUGGCCCUAUUACCUAGCCAUUGAUAGGAUUCUGGCCAAGGUCCCCGAGUCCUGUGAUGGCAAACUGCCGGACAGCCAGCAGCCGGGGCCCUCCACGUCCCAGACCGAGGCGUCCCUGUCGCCGUCUGCUAAAUCCACCCCUCUGUACUUACCGUAUAACCAGUGCUCCUACGAAGGCCGCUUCCAGGAUGAUCGCUCCGACACCUCCUCCAGCUUACUGUCCCUUAAGUUCAGGUCGGACGCGCGGCCCGGGAAGAAGCGCAAGGUGCAGAACUGCCACCUGCGGAGGAAGAAGCUGCGGCUGCUGGAGGCCAUGCUGGAGGAGCAGCGCCGGCUGAGCCGCGCCGUGGAGGACGCGUGCCAGGAGGUGCGCCGCGUGCUGGACCGCCAGAACCUGCUGCAGGUGCAGGGCCUGCAGCUGCAGGAGCGCAUGAUGAGCCUGCUGGAGAAGAUGAUCGCCAAGUCCGGCGUCUAGGCCGCCCGGCCCGCGCGGAACGCCCCGGGGCUGCCCCUGGCUCGGACGGACGCGGGCCGGCGCCUCCGGGGUCACCCCGGGCCGGCCCCCUGGUGAGAACCUCCCGGAGGCUGUCCUCCCGUACGGUCACUGUCGGUGGCCCUUGAAACGGCUUUGGGUAUCACACGUGGGGUCUCGUUCCUGCCGGAAGUCAUUUCCACAGCUCGCAGGGAGCACGCCAGGCCGGUGGACUGCAAAACAGAAGCAAACGGAAGCGGCUUAGUGGCGGCUUUGUGCCCGGGACGGAAACUCUCGAAGGGGCCACGGCUAUCCUCGCGCUCUCGGGGUCUGCUGCCCACCUAGGAUGGGCUCCGACGGUGGAGCCGACCCCAGACGGCCGCUGCAUCCCUCUUCCUCGGGGCGUCAGGCCUCCCCGUGAGGACGCCGGCGAAGCGAUGACGGCUGUCCGCGUGCACCACGCCGCCCGGUUUUCCAGCCCCAGGGAUGUCGUGCUGACGGGGCAGAGCCCGGGCCUCAGGCACUUGCACUCCAGCCGGGGAGGCAAACGAGUGAAGACGGGAAGGACGGGAUAGCGGGUUGUGGUCAGCGCUGGACGGGAAGGGCUGGCCCCGAGCGUGAGGCGCGGUGGCGCCCCAACCGCCAGCGGGAGCAACCAGAUUCCAGGAGCCCCGGACAGCGCGACUGGGCCGCAGAGGCACGGGGAGCUUUCGCGUGCCGUGCUGGCUGUGGUGCUCUGGGUCCGGACCCGCGGUGCAGGGACGAGCUCGUGGUGGCGGGGUCCAGAGCUGCAACGUAGAGCUCACCUCCCCUGCCUCUGCCCUUUCACCAGCAGGAAAACCUGUCCAGACGCUUCUCUGCUGAAUUGCUCCUAAGUCUUGUUGGCUCCUUGGGCUUUUGGUCCCUGGCUGCACAGGGUGCUGGGCACAGGACCGUCUGGUUCACCCCUGGGACCAGCCUGUCGCUGCCCACACAACAGGGCUCUGAGGAGACACGGCAGGUGGGUUAGGGCGAGUGCCGUGGUUUCCCUUACGGUCUAGAAAAGCUCCUUCUGGCUGCUCCUGGGCAGACGGGUGGGGGUGGGGGCCGAAAGCAGAGGUCCUGCC